CAGAAGUCGUUUCUAAUCAAGAUUUUGAUAAAGGCAGUAGAACAAGAUGAGAAAAAACGUAGAUUUAAAGAUUUUAUUCCCAUGUUGUUGAAGAAAUUGCAUAUCAUACUUGAAAAUGCUGAUACUUCUGGUUUGCUUCAUUCGGUUCUGUUGAUAAUCAUGCCCAUUGCUGUCGGAUAUCCUCAAGUUUUUACACCACAUUUUAGGGAUACUGUUGAUAUCUUGAUUGGGUGGCAUAUUGACACAAAACAACAUGAUCAUUUAAUUCAGUUCACGUCUGACUGUCUGAUUAGCUUACAUCGUUAUUGGGUGACUGACAUAAAUUUCUCAUUAACUCUCCUUACUCAGUUCUUGGAAGACAUGGAAGCUUAUUCUGAGGAAUUACACUGUCUUGCAACUGGUCAGUUGUCUGAGGAUGAGGUUUCCCCACCAUAUUCAUCAUUACCCAAACUCACAGCUUUGGUGAGGGUGUUUGCUACCGUCAUGAAUGGUAUCGGUGAAUGUUUCACACCCAUUCAAAGUCCAGCGGUUACGCAGGAUUAUAUUAUGAAGCUAUCAAAGGGAGUGAUAAAUUGUGUUCGUUCUGGUGGAUAUUCGUUCUUUUAUGAAGAUCUGUUUAAAACAGCGAACGAGUGUUUUGCCAUCAUGUGCAGCUUUCUAAAAGCGCAGUUCUCUUCAUGUUGUGAAAUCACAACGGAAUUUGCUUUAGAGCAACUUCAACGGAAAUCUCUGACAUAUGAGCACACAAAAUCAAUAUUGUUGUUCAUAAAACAGGUUAUAAGGCACGUCAACUCUGCAAUACCUGGAUCGUUUGUGGACAUGUUACUUAAUCCCGACUCUGUUAUUAUGAAAUUGAGGUUUUGUGCUGACGAAGAGGUAAUAAAGAGGGUGCUGGAGAUUUGUCAAUCACUGAUCAACAUAAAAAGUCCGAAAAUUAUUAAAGAGUCUUACAAACUAUUUGUGGACGAUGUUCGAGCAGCGUAUGGUGUAUUAAAGAAAGGUUUAGAAUUGAUAAAUGGCGAGGAUUCAGAAAUCUCGUCGACCAUGGCUAAAAUGGACAAUUCAAACUCAGGAGAAAAGAUUGAUGACGUAAAACAUGAAUCGCGUGACGAUGGCGAUUAUGAGAUAUCAUUUGAUAUCAAUUUGCAUCAGGCUCAGAUUAAAACAGUCUUCGAUUUACAAGUUCUUGGUAGCCUAAAGCCACAGACCACUGCCAUUGUUUAUCUCACUCCUCCACUCAUUGAGAUCAUCGCUAAAGAUCUGAACGCGAUAAAUCUGGACGUUUUUUGUUAUUUUCCCGCCGUUCAGUACGCUCUCAUUUUUACGCUCUAUGACCAUUGUAAAAAGAAUAAGCAUUUCUUGGUGAGCGAAGAUGAUGCCUCAAUACUUCAUGUUGUUAAAGAUAUAAUGUUGAAGAUCCUUCAAAAUGUCUUGUCAUCUUCCGAUAUAAGGAAGUUGAUCAUUGCAUGGAUUGUGGAUCUCGCGGGAUCAGUGAGAGCAAUUGUGGAUUGCAAGAACAAAAUUGACUUUGACACAUUUGUUGCUACAAUGUUGCCGUUAUCUUUUCUUCCCGAAGAUGACGUCCGUACUGCUGUCGCUGCUUGUGUCAAAUUGCUAAUUCAAAAUAAACUUGUAUCAAGAAGUGUUGUCAAAAGGGUCGUACAAGAGUUUGUGUUUCAUGUCUCGGAUGUCAAUGAACAAAUGAAAAAUAUAUUUCUUGAGUUACUUUCCGUGGUACCAAUUGAUCUCAGCCUCAGUUUCCAGAGGAGCGAAGUCACCCAAGAACAUUAUACUUGCUCGAGUGUAAAUAAAUGCGAUGAACCGCUGGUAUUUUGUAACACUGGCACAUGGUUAGCAAGGAAAAUACACAUGAUGAAGCCGUCGACGGGGACCUUUCAUUCACACAAUUUUCGUGUUCUUAGUGCUUUUAUAUUACACGGUGUCACCCCAAAAGAAGAGGAAAGUGAUAAUUGGUUGGCGCAUCUUUAUCUUACAUGUCAACGUCAAGGUGUACAAAAUAACCAUCCCAUGAAUGAUAAAUAUUAUUUCAGUCGACAACAUGAUCCAAAAUCUGUUGUUCAAAUAUCAUGUAAUAACGCAUUGUUGUGGUUUUGGGCGACAUGGGAAAUGGCGCAAUUUUGUGUUCUCGCCAGACUGAAGACGCCAUUAGGUCGAGCGCAGGAGACCUUUCAAGCAAUUGAAGGUGUUUUAAGGGAGUAUUUGAAUCAAGUGUAUCCAGAUAACGAUAAGAAACCGAUCAGAAUAAAGAAAAAGGCAACACAACAAGAUACGCCGAAGGAAAAUCUAGCUGAAUGUUCAUCGCAAAAUCAAUCAAGUUUGUGUCAUCUUCAAAUCAAACUUUUACUGCAGUUCGUCGAGAAUUUAGAUAAACUUAUGUACAGUGCUUAUGAAGGAGCUGCUGUAUCCUUACCACCUUUCCCUAAGGCGGUGAGAUUGUUUUUUCGCACAAACAAGUCAACAUGCCAGGAAUGGCUGUCAAGGAUUAGAGCCAUAAUCACUUCGGUAUCAUUAGAAUGCGGAGAGCUGACGACCGCUGUCCGGCAAGGACUGCAGCGUUUAAAAGAGCUCAAGCUUGCCGGAAAAAGUAAGGAAAAAGAUUUUGAAAUAAUUGUCAAAGCUGUUGCAAUGGCGAUGUAUCAGUUAAAGGCACCCGGUGCCUUGCGAGGGUUGAAUACUUGGUGUAGAAAGCAAUGUGACAGAGCGUUGCCAUGGCUUGAUGCCAUAACACACAAAGCUAAAGGAGGAUACGAAAAUGCCAUCACUGAGUACGAGAAAUGUAUGGAUGUUAUCAAAGGAGACAGUUUAAAUGAUAAACCAUCUUUAAGUGCAUCAGUUCUGAACUUUCUAGCGAAUGAGGUGGCAGACUGCUAUAUGCAAUUGAGCGAAUGGUCUCAAGUAGAGCAAUGGCAAAAGACUCUUCAAGAAAUGCGUUCAAAUCUCCACAAUUCCGAGCUGCAACAAGCUCUAAAUCUUAAAGUUGAUCUCAAUUACGUCAGGGCUCUUCGUCAUUUUCACGACUUUGAAUUUGUUGGCGUUCGCGAGUGUUUAGAAUUAAUUCCUGGUGCUUCGCUUGCAUUCAUUUUGGAUAAAAUGGAAGAACGUCCACUGAUAAUGGAGAAGGAGGAAUCACGAAACAACGUGUACAUGCCAUCACCCCCCUGGAAUCCAAAGCAGAUACUACACGCAAGCGAAAUUUAUAAGAUGCAAGCUAUAGCGUUGUACUGGACGUCUGGUAUGGCCGGGGGAGGCACAAAGAAAGAUGAAACUUUAAGGAACGAGUUGAAUGCUAUCCUCAAUCGUGGCAGUCAGUUACUUGAGGGAGUUAUAUCAAAUAAUGUUCAUGAUUGGCCCCCUUCCUUGCCUGACGUUCACACUGUUCAAUAUUAUGGAUUAAAACUCUUAAAUAACGUACUACCUGGAAAGCAAGACAAGGAUACAUCUCCCCUAUUGCCAUUCAGCCUUCUCGCAAAACGUGCGCUCUCUCAAGAAAUCUCUUUGGACAGCGGCGUGAUGAGGAAAAUACUUCAUAUAACUUCAUACAAUCAUUACCACCAUAGUCUACACGGCAGACAUAGUGAUGAUACUCUAGAACAGUUGUCCACGAUGCAACUGAAGACUAUUCAUGUUAUGCGAAAACAAGAAAACUAUAUAUUGGCGUCCAAGUUUCUCCGUUUCCUUCCCUUACUGCACAACGAUGAUAAAUCUAGAGAAGAGAAAUACAAAAUUGUAAAUGUCGAUCGCGAAGAGGCUUCUCAUGGACGUUUAUGUGAAUUAUUGUUCAAUGAUCUUGAAAAGUUUCGUAGUUUAAACAUCAAUUCUCGUACAAGGACGCAAAUUUAUAACGAGACAGCAAAACUUCUACACGCUCUUGGUUCGAAUGUCAGGGCUUCUCAAGUUCUUUGUGAUUGUAUAAUUCUAAAUAGAACAGACGGUUCUGAUGCACAAACCGAUGUCUUGAACGCUAAAGCUUUAUGUACGCUUGCUAAAUGGAUUUCUGUCGACAAGAAGAUGCUUAGUAAUAACGAAGAGUUGCAAGAUUCUUUAUGCAAUAAUAAAUGACGACAGCAAAGCUCUUCAAAACUUUCCUCGAACUUUGAAGAUGUUGAGGCGAUAUGUGGACGUCUUUCUCUUGGUAGUCAGGUUGCUCCUGAUUUUGACAAGGCUUGGUUUAUGCUCGCUGCCUGGGCUUAUAAAGCUGGUCGAAAGAUCAUUGAGCAGGCGUGCUCUGGUGGAAGUGUUGAAAUAUCUCGUGAACAACGCGAAACAAUCAUUGCUGAAUUACCCGAGAAUAUUAACAAAGACGAGACAGAAAAAGUCUUGGCAAUCUUAAGUAAAGGUCACUUUACAGUACUUGGAAGUCAAGAGGAAGAGAUUAACUCUGGCAACGAGGUUUUAACAAGAGAAGAGGAAACGGUGAAGGAACAACUUGUUGCAGUCUUGCCACAUCUCGAAGAUUCUUCUAUUGAAGCACUUGUUUGCAUAUGGCGCGGGAUUUGUGAAAGAUUAUUUAGUCAUUACAGGACUGCUGUUUGUUCUUAUUUUAAGUAUUUGAAACUCCACGGAAAGACCUCCAGCAAAUGUGACGUAGAUAGUGACAGACACGUGACUGCAACAUUGAGACUUUUGCGUCUGCUCGUGAAGCAUGCUGGUGAAUUGAAGUCAGAACUGGAGGAAGGCUUUCAAUCCACUCCCACUGAACCAUGGGAAGAAAUAAUUCCUCAGUUAUUUUCACGACUAAAUCAUCCAGAAGAGUAUGUUCGUAAAGGUGUGACUGAAUUACUACGACGUGUAUCUAAAGAAUCACCUCAUCUUAUCUUGUACCCGGCUAUUGUCGGGUGUGCGGGCAAUCAUCAACGGUUCAAUCAAAGCGCUAGCAGUUUUGUGAGCCUGGUCACGAACAAGUCACGUGAUUCGGACAGCUUUUUUACAAACGAUGAAGAAAAUUCGAGCGGUGAUCACAUCUUGGAAAGUGGAUAUCACACAAUCGUGGAGUCCCUUGCUGACGGCAGUUCCCGAUUGGUUUCCGAAGUGCGCGAGUUCGUGGAGGAGCUACGACGCAUCACCUUGUUAUGGGAAGAACUGUGGCUUGGCUCAUUGAUUCAGAUCCAUCAUGAUUUUGAGAAACAUGCUAACCAGUUGAACGAUGAGAUCAAGCGUGUGAACUCUAGUACUUCGUUAACCAAUCAGGAGAAAGCUGCUCUCAUCAAGGGCAAACACGUUGCGCUUAUGAAACCAAUUGUGUUUGCAUUGGAGCAGUUGCAAUCAAUGACGAAUCAACAACCAGAAACACCUCACGAGUCGUGGUUUCAGAAAACAUACUCUCCACUGAUUGAAAACGCUCUGGAUUGCUUGAAAAAUCCCGUUGAACCGAGUAAACCUGAAACAAGUUGGAUAAAAUGCAAACAGCUACUCCAGUCUUUACAGCAGCGUUCACAAAAAAGAUCGUCGAUGAACCUGCGUUUAGAAGAGAUUAGUCCAAAACUGUGUCAUUUAAAACCGUCAUUUAUUUACAUGCCUUGUCAGAGUUUUUCUAUCAGCAAGAUAGUUACCGUGAAUUCAAUUGAUAAUGAUGUUGUUAUUCUCCCGACCAAAACUCGACCGAAAAAAAUUGUUCUUGUCGGAUCUGAUGGACAAAAGUACGUGUAUUUGUUCAAAGGUCUUGAAGAUUUACAUUUAGAUGAAAGAAUAAUGCAGUUCUUAUCCAUCUGUAACAACAUGUUUGCCAAACCAAACAGAAAUGAAGAUAACGUAUUCCUUGCUCGCCAUUAUUCGGUCACUCCUCUUGGUCCGCGCUCUGGUCUUAUUCAAUGGGUUGAUGGCGCAGUUCCGAUUUUCUCUCUUUACAAACGAUGGCAGCAACGAGAUACUGUAGCAAAUGUUGCUGUGACUAAAAACGAGCAGGGAAAUUCGUUUACAACGACUCCCAAGCCACCUCUUCGUCCAAAUGAACUAUUUUAUAACAAGCUGACACCGUUGUUAAAGGAAAAGAAUAUUGAUAUAAACAACAGUAACCGCAAAGAAUGGCCGCUUGCUAUAAUGCGUAAAGUCUUGAUGGAGCUUCAGAAUGAAACUCCAAGUGAUCUUCUAGAGAGAGAGUUAUGGUGUUCAAGCACCUGUACUGCUGAUUGGUGGAGAAUGAAUCAGACUUAUUCAAGAUCUGUCGCUGUCAUGUCUAUCAUUGGGUAUAUUCUAGGACUGGGGGAUAGACAUUUAGACAAUAUGUUGAUGGAUUUCACUACAGGAGAGAUCGUCCAUAUUGACUACAAUAUUUGCUUCGAGAAAGGGAGAGGAUUAAGAGUACCGGAGAAAGUUCCCUUCAGACUGACCGCAAACCUAGAAUCUGCACUUGGAGUAACUGGAGUGGAGGGUACAUUCAGAUCAUCUUGUGAGACAGUACUGCGUACAUUACGGAACGGUAAAGAAACUCUGCUCACUCUCCUUGAGGCAUUUGUAUAUGAUCCACUGGUGGACUGGACCACAGGAAGUGAUAAUGCGUUUGCAAACGCUUUCUACGGUGGCCAGGUCCUCGAUCAGAACGAGACCAAGCAAAGUAAGCGAGAAAUGGAGAGAACUAUUACGCAAUGUUUGUUUACGUCACGUAUCGCAGAAAUGAGAGUCUCGUGGCUUGGGAACAAAGAGGACGUACUAUCUUCAUUAAACAAUCUAACGCAAGCAGUCGACUCGCAUUUUUCGACGAUCAGCCAAUCACUUGCCGUGUUAGAAAACAACAAAGAACUCAUUGGUCAAAUGGAAAUAUUACAAUACGCGUUAAAGUCUUCCUCUCACCCUCUUCAUGCUGUACAAGCCAAAUACGAUGAACAUACAAAGACGAUAAACGAGUUCAACGGUAUUCUUCAAACUAUUCAAGAUAAAUUGAAAGAAUGCCAGCAUUGGGAUGUCGAGCAUCAGGUAGCGUUUGAAAGUGUUCGUGGAACAAAGCUCGCUAGUAUAGCCAGUGAACUUGUAAAGCCCCUUGAUGUUGGUGCGCCAACUUUCGCUCCUGUUAUUGGAUUUCUAAAGAAUGCUGGACAGGCCAGCACUGUGAACCAGUGUGAACAAGUGGAAACGGAGUUAACGGGAGUUUUAGAGAAACGGAGAACAUUAUUAAGAUCGUGUCUUGAUGUUUUACAUACUUACGCUACAGUAAUUUCUCAGUUUCCUGCACGUUAUUCACACAGUAGCAGAGGCUGCAAUUGGCAAUCUUGGCUAAAGAGAUUGUUAAAUUCCCCUACCACAAGCGAAUGUAGAGCAAUUUUAUCGGAGUAUGAAAACAAGCAGAACACACCAAUUAAAGUUGAUGAUGAAACUGUUGCCCUGGUCAACGUCGAGGUGAAACUUCAAAAUAUCUUCAACGAGCUAAAAACAAAAUUCUCAAAGUUUUACGAACGUCGUCAUCAGGAGAAGGUUGAGACGACAUUUUUAAAUAACGCGACUACCGAAGCAUAUCACAAGUUAAAACACUUUGUUAUUGAAAAUGGCAAAGGAGGUCUCCUAGCAACGAUGCACGUUAUGGCCGCUGGUUUAGCUUCCCUUCAUAAAAGAUGUUUGAUUAUGGAAAAUACUGCUAAAGUGGCGGAGGCUAGAUUACUGGAUCUAGUGUCGCGUGAUGGGGACUGGUUUCUAGAGGAGUUAGUCUCAAUGACUGGAAACGUCACACAGUUUGUUACAUUUGCUCGUACUUAUUGGAUGGAUUCUCUCGAUGCCUAUGAUCGUAAUGUUGAUAACAUUUUAAAGUCGGUUCAAGCUCUUCUUACAGUUCAUCAGAUGUACAAAUCCUUACAGGAUAUGAUGUCGAACUUUCGCAACAUAAUUGUUCCUGAGACGUUAAAAUGCUUGGAAAUGGACGAUAGCACUGUUCUUGAUGUUUUGACUCGUUUCCAAUCUAUAAUGACGUCAUGUGACUCCAGUUUGGACAGUAUGAUCGUAACGGUUCAGUCGGUGGCCUUCAACAACGACAGUGACUUGGCUGAAAUUCCGAAAAUAGCAAGAACUGCGGUUGAAUUAGAAAAUAAGAUUGUACAAUUGUUGAGUACUGCAACGAAAGCGGAUCACCAGAAAGAAUGUGACGAUGAACGUAAGACUCACAUGAGCUCCGGUCAAAUGUUGCUGGCAGGAUUUAAUGGUUUGUUCACGAAACUCGAGAGUGAAGUCGACUGUCUUAAUACUGCUCUUCUACAUGUCGAUGCUAAUUUUGAAGAUGGUGUUGAUGUUUAUAAAAAAGUUCAAGAACUUAGGGUCGAUUUUUCUGAGAAUCAUGGCCUGUUGAAGACUCUGUAUCUUCUUAAGAAACUAAACGUUAUGAAAUGUUUCUUCUCGGACUGUCUAGGACAUGUAGAGAACUUACGUGAUCCCUCCACAGAACGACACUCUGAGCGUAUCGUUGGGGAAGAGCAACUAUCAACAUAUGUGCGUCGUUAUAUCGCGGAUUUUGUACAGCAAAGGAUGCUGGGUAUUCCUUCUUUUGUACUUACAAAGACUAUUAUACAAUGGCUUGGUCUUAUUGGACUCAAUUUUGAAAAAGUCGCGAAGGAAAGUGGAAACACUCUUGAUGAUUUUUGCAAAAAGACUCUUGAUCAAAAUAUUCGUAAGGGUGUUCUUACUCCUGGCCUCAUAUCUCAAGCUAAUGCUCUCACUGGAUCUUUUAACUCCGCGUGGAGAAAGCAUGACUUUGCAAGACGAUUGGACUUAAACCUUUCAUUAUAUCGUUGUGUGGUUCAACGUGCUCAACUCAAUCUUGCCAGAUUUCAAUGGUUUCAUGAAGAUCCUCUUUCAGUGGCUGCCAUACGCGGUAACACAACGAUAACACCAACACGAGCCACAGUCUUGAGUGACUUAAGAAAGCGAGUUCAAAAUGUCGUAUCUCGGGAUGUUGCUAUGACGACGGUGCAAGAGAAACUUUCUCAUCUUGAAUCGAGUAUCGAACAACGUUUAAAAUGGGCGGCUGGUGCCAACCCAUCUCUUAAUCCGACUUUGGAGAAUUUUGAAUGUACUUUGAAUGAUAGAAAGAAUUUGAUCAUGAUAGAGAACAAGUACUCUAAUGAAAUAUGCUCAAUAUCCAACGCCAUUUUGCAUUUUGAGGCGUUUCGUACUCGAACACAGGAAGCCUUAGCUGCAGAUGAAGCGUUAGCCUCCCUUGUUCGAAGGUGUGAAGAAUGUUCUGCUAAAGUUGAAAAGUCGAAAGAAAAUUUGAAAGACGUUGAAGACCUCAUGGCUAAGAUCAAUGUUACUAAUCCAUCAAGCGAACGUAUUACGACCGAUUGGAUGAAACAUCGACUUUCUAACAUCAAAAAUGAUUUGUCAACGAAUAAAGUGCAGAAAUCACAAGUGGACCUGUGUAUAAAUGAGAGCAAGGAGCGUCUACGAAGUCAAGUUUCCAUCGUUAAAUCUUCAUGGAUAGCGCAUCAAGUUUUGAUGGGUGAAGUAAAGACAAUGUUACAAUCCCUAGCUAAGGAUGAAGAAGCCGCCGAAUCUGCAGGAGCUCGUGUAUUUAUUGCAAACCACAAUAAAUUGAAUGAAGCUGCCACGAAAAUGCUCAAAGACGUAUUAAGUUUAUCCAGCUCAAAUGCAAAUAAAUGUAUGGAAGAAGCGGAAGCUAGUGACCAGCAGACAGAAAUUGAAAACUCUAUAAAUUCCGUGCAAGCAUUAGCUACAUGGGUGUUUCAACAGUUACCUACUCUAGCGUCGCCAUUGGAUACAGAGUCAUUAGUUGAUGAUGACAAUGAGAAACCAUCAGAGAUUACGACAUUGACAUUUGCUUCAGCGUUACGACAGGGUGGACAACAGCAACCUUCAGCAGUUACCAAGGAGAAAACAACAGCAUCGACACCACUCGAUACAGCAAUUUCCACGUUAGCGCUUACACCUGCUCUGAAGGAAGCUCUUAGUCCAUUACAAGUUGUCUCGCCUGUAAAACAGACAACAACUCAAGGCUCUACUGCUGCACAAAGUUCUCUUUCAAAGAAAACUACAGUUAUACGAGAUCCGAGAACGGGUAAAGCAAUUCAAGAGAGAAAUAUGUAUGCUAUUGGUGUAUGGAAAAGGGUGAAAGCCAAACUGGACGGUCGAGAUAUUGAUCCCACUAAACGAAUGAGCGUCGAAGAUCAGGUCGAUCAUAUCAUUGAAGAGGCAACGAGCAAAGAUAACCUCUGUUUAAUGUACGAAGGUUGGACUCCGUGGGUGUAGGUUGUCUUAAACCCAUUGGGCUUAUGGGAUAGCCUGUCAAAACUACGUCAUCACUCGUUACCAGAGCUACAACAUUGUUGUACACGCGACUCCCGUCCGCUGCACGAUAUAAAACAGACUGGAAUGCUGAAUGAAACUCCUAGACUAGGUAAGAUGUUUUCGCGAAAUUACUUCUAAAUGAAUCGUCGCCACCUGGAAUGAAACAUGUGGUCUAAGUGUGUGUUGAAAGUUUUUGCGAAGGUCUUGAAGCAUUGGCCUUACAGAAUGAAGUCUACAAUUUUCUAACGAAGCACUAAAUAUAAAAUAACUUGGGUGAUAAAAUAUUUGGAGGUUGGGUACCUUUUGCGUAGUAUUAUGAAGCUGAGGGAAACGAGUAUUUUUCCCCUGAACAGUUCAAACGACUUGUAGUGAAAAAUGAAUCUUCAGUUUAAAAAUUGGUUGAUGCGCAAAUUUUACUAUUGAGAGUUACCAGUCUAGUUACCAAUGUCUAUGUAUUUUACUAACCAUAUCUACUUCAGUAAAGUCAACCGUAUCUCUACGUAGCUUGCGACCUGAUUGUCAGCUUUAUUACGUAGUAAAAUAUGAUUAUUCUUACUUUGUAACUGGUAUUUGUCAUCAAUUUUGCCCUUCGUAAUCUUUAUCGUCAUUUUGUUGUGUACUAGUACUGUUUAAGUUGAUUUAUUGUAGUUGUAGUUUAAAACAGUAAAAUUCGAUGUUCAAUAGCUAUAUAAACGUGAUCCUUAUGAUCUAUAUAUUAAUGUGUUUGAUUGAUGUAUUUUACGUAAAAUUUGUUCAUUUUUGAGUUCUACUCGCAUUAAGUUAAAUAAACAUCUUUUCGUUAUGUGUUA